GAAUCGGAUGGAAGGAAGGCAGCCAGGCUAGGCCCCGCUGGCCGACUGACCGUCCUCGACGUCUGUUCUACCUUUACUCCGGUCUGCGCGUUCUUCAGGAACGUUCGUGCCGUUCUACCAAACCGCGCGAUUCCGCCUCGCUAAGGCAGACGUCAACCGUGACCGCCGGCCGCCGGUGCAACUGCAACGUGUAUUCUUUUGUCCUCUCGUUCGACCAGUUCGCCGUAUAAUCAGUUAUUUUGUUUUCAAACGUUAAACGAACUCUUCUUCUUCGUCAACUUUGUUCGCCGAUUACGCCAGCAGUUUUUGUUUAUCUUCUUUUUCCCUCUUUUCUCUCGUCUCGAUCGAACAGAAUCAAGUGAUAUGGCACAGAUCAGCGUCAAGCUGUCCAGAUUCGAUGGAUCCCCUUGGGGUUUUCGUCUUCAAGGCGGCAAGGAUUUUGGCACUCCGCUGGUCGUGCAAAAGGUUAAUAGCGGCUCCCCGGCGGAAGCAGCUGGUUUGAAGGCCGGCGAUGCAGUUAUCAGGGUGAACAACACCGAGAUGUACAACCUGAGGCACAAGGACGCGCAGGAUGUUAUCAUGAGAGCUGGAAACAAUUUCGAGAUCACUGUACAGAGAGGUGGCGGUACCUGGAAGCCACACGUGUCUCCGAUAACUUCAACCCUUCCGUCGCCAUCGCCGACGUCGUCGGUUAGCAACAUUACGCCGGUUACGAAGACGUCGUUGGCAGCCAAGAAGCAAGACGGACCGCUCAUCGGAAGCGGUCAUAAUUUCAGUCCAAAGCCAUUCCUGAAUGGAACGGGAGAUGGCUCGAUCAAGUCCAUCGUUAACAAACAGUACAACAGCCCCGUCGGUAUCUACAGCGAAGAAACGAUCGCGGAAACGCUCUCCGCGCAAGCGGAAGUUCUGGCUGGAGGCGUUCUCGGUGUCAACUUUAAAAAGAACGAAAAGAACUACAACGCCGAGAACAGCGAAGUGUUCAAAAUGGUCCAAGAGGCGGACAAAGAACCAAAGACACCGGAACCUGUACCAUCGAGAACAGAGUUUUACUCGUCGGUGAGCCACGCCGUUGGCGGAAGGGCCACUUCGCCGAGAUCACCCACGCCUCUAUUUCAUGCCCUCCAUGGCGUUGGCCCGGAUAUCAAUUCCGAUGAAUAUUCGUCGAGACGUCAACCGCAACGUCAGCAGUCCUCCUCUUCCUGCUCGGGCUCGUCGAGCGUCGUUUGUAGCAACUGCGACCGUGUGAUCGUGGGUGUCUUCGUCAGGAUUAAGGAGAAGAAUCUUCACGUAGAAUGCUUCAAGUGCUCUACCUGUGGCACUUCCUUGAAGAACGUCGGUUAUUACAAUAUCAACAAUAAAUUAUAUUGCGAUAUUCACGCGAAACUAGUCGCCAGGCAAAAUGCGCCUUCCGGAAUGGUUCCAAUUACCAUACCACCAGGUGGAAAAGCUCCAGCGAGCACCAUUUCCGCUGCACUCGCGAAUGCACCGCUGUCUCCACCUCUAAGUAAUCACGCGUCGUCGCCUUUACCGUUCUCGGCUUGCAAUCGUACGAGCCCCGAUUACGGAUACCCGAAUAGUCAGCUAUCGUCCCUGAAUAGGAACGGAUGCAUCAGCAACGGCAACUGUCACUGGGAAUCGAAAACGUUUACGAGCACGAUCACCAUUCAAACGGGUUCCACAGAGCCCACCCGCCUUGGCACCUCGCCCAUCGAACCACCCAGUUUCCGAUCAGUCCAGGCGCCAACGUCUAACAAUCUAAUCGGUCCAAAGCCCUUCGGCGGAUCCAGUGCUUUGUCCUCGCCACCGCUAGCAAAUUCAGGAAACAGCACUCUUCCACGACCACAAAGUCAAACAGUGACUGAAACCACCGAGACCCACGAAAAGUCCUACUAUUACGAGCUGGUCGAUACAAAGACCGAGACCCGUCCGAGUUCCGUCAAAGCCAAAAGCCUCUGUUGGCCACCGCCAAAGCCUAUCGAGGACAUAACGUAUCCCACCGCUAGUCCCUUGUACAUCGACCCAAAUCCGGUUCUCGACAGAAGAAACGUGCAAGCGGUGAAAGAGAAGAAGGCUUGCAUCGAGGCUUGCGAAAGAGCGUUGAGGAGGAGGAGCGAAAGCACCGAUCGCGAGGUCGAAAGGGUCAGCAGACAGUGUUACCGUUUCGACGAGGAUCCGAUGGAUCGGGUCAGUUGUCCAGGACCCACUUACAGGAAAGUGGAGCUGGUGGAAACCACCGGCAGACAGUCUAGAAGCGAGGUAACCUCGAGGCCCAGCUCGACCGACAGCGUCAGAAGAUCGUUGACGCCUACAAGAAUCGUUCAACCAGUGCCCAAACCAUGGACAGCCACUGUGACGACCGGAAGUAAUCUGUACGAGCAAAGUUACGGUGGAACGGAACCACCGAAGGUCUGCAAGAAGUUCCAUCAGAAGGAAAUCUGUCAACGGGAAAAGAUCUGCGAGAGGAACCAACCGUUCCGGGAGGAACAUCGUUCGUACCGCUCCGAAUACUGUCGAACGGAACAAACGGUCUGCGAGAAACCACCGCUUCCGGUUCAACACACGGUUAAGCAGCAGGAGACCAAGGAAGAGAUCAGAGAAGUCGACGAGGAGGUGACCGACUUGAGACCGGCCGACGAGAUCGAAGACGACGACGAUGGCAAAAUCAGAGGCGAACACGAUUUCGUUACGGAAAUUUCCGAGGAAGACGUGGACGGAAUGCACGUUAAGAAGAAGAUGACGCUCGAGAAGACCAUCGAGAAGAUUCCGUCGCCCGCGCGACCCAGCACGCCGAUGAUAGAGGAGCCCCAGGCAACGGAGCAAACCGAAGAGACCUAUUCGAGAAAGACUGCCACGCACAUCGAGAGAGAAGUCGAAGAUACCGAAGAGAAGACGGUCGUCGAGUCCGCGGAAGUGGUCACCUCGGCGGUGGACGUUCAGCAGCUGGUAGAAAAGGCCAAACAGGAGGAAGAGGAGCGGAAGAGAGAGGAAGAAGAGGAGGAAAGACGAAAACAAGAAGAGGAAGAGAGGAAAAAACGAGAAGAAGAAGAACAAAGACGACGACGUGCCGAAGAGGAGGAACGAAGGAGGCAGGAGGAAGAGGAACGCAGCAAACACGUGACUUUCGACGAAGAAGUCGAGGAGGUUAGGGAACAUCCGCUAGGAAGAACCGUGGUCCGCGAGGAGAGAGUGACGGAAGCCGAAAGCGACACGCCCGGACGCAAGAAACUGAUCAAAGAGACAUACGAGGAGAUCACGGAGGAGGUGUUGGUCCAGGAACGCGUCAGAAGGAAAGAAAUCGAGGACGAACGCAGGAAGAGCUUGAGAGAACAGGUAGAAGUCCAUCAAAGUUUGAGAGAUCAGCAAGCGCCCAAAGAUCGACGCGUGUGUUCGAAAUAUCCGCCGGCACAGGAAGUAAUGGAGACGAACAAGAAACGAGUGCAAUUCGUGAAGCAGACUGACUCUGGUCCGAAACCCAUACCGCACUCUGCUCUUCAGAACUCCACUCCCAAAGAGUGGAAGUCCGAAAUGGUGAACGCCUUGACCACGGCGCCUGAUCGACCUUUCACUCCCGUCAGCACCUCUACGAGCGUCAGAGAAGUUUUCACGGAAGAGACGAUAUACUUGGAUCACAGAUGUCGACCGAAACCACCGCCAGAGCCGAUACGACCCAUUUCGCCGUUCCAGGAGGCGCUCACGAUCGCCCCGGAGCGUCCUUACACCCCUCUCAGUCGCGAAAUUGGUCCGGACGACAGGAACGUCGGUAGUCGAUCUCAGACUCCCAGUCUUCAGGACGGAGGCAAAUACCCGCCACCAGCCGGUAUCCUUUACGGCGAAACCAGACCCAAAGAAAUCCCACCGUCUCCUAAACCCUGCACUCCGCGGCCAUUGCCGACUCCGCCGCCAGACUUCAAACUGAGGGACAGGUCCGCGUCGCCCGUGAGGUCUCGUCCUCAAACUCCCUGCAGCAAGGGUAUAACUGCCACUCUGAAGAAACCCGACACCAUACCUUCUUAUCAGAGAUACCUGGUAGCCACGAGGAGGGACGCGGUCGAGAGUCAAACCUACGUACCGAGUAGAACACCGACGCCUACCCCGGCAAGAUCGAAGUCGCCCGCUCACGGACCACCGGAACCUCCGUCUUGCUACACGCCCCGUGCCCAUGCCCCGAGAAUCAGGGACGAUCCUCCCGCGAAACAUAGCUCUAUACACUUCCCGACGAAGAAGAGCGUCUCUUACAAGGUCGAGGAGGACACGGACGAAGGGCAUAGAAAGGCGGAGUACGCGGCUAGCAAGACCGUCGACUUCGACGAGAAACGAACCGACGAUCCGGGCAGAGAACCCACGGACGCGGUGCACGCUCAAUACCAAGAGAAGCGAUACAUGACCAGCGAGGAAACCAACGAACAGAAGCUCUCGUUGACGAAGAGAUCGCUCGAGGUUACCGAAGACUUCGAGAGGUGCGAGAGAAGGGUGCCGGCCAGGCCCCUGCCCGAACCUCGGCAGAAAUCGUUGUCCACGGAAGACUCGUCGAAAGGUUCGUGCGCUAUAGGCAGAACGAGUCCUUGCAAAUUGACUCUGCCGUGCCCUUUGUCCGACAAAGAGAAGAGUUCCAGUGCGCAACCGGUGUACACCAGCUCGACGGAAGUGCGUCACGUGAGCUACGGUGCUCCUCCGUGCAAACCAUGCCCGGACACGGGGCUGACGGUGUUACCGUGCAAAGCCCACUCCGAUCAGGGCACCAAGGCGGGCGUCGUGGUGGUACCUUGCGAAGGGCCUAGACCCUGUUGCCAACAGUCGGGCGUCUGCGUUGUCCCGACGGCGGAUCGUUCGGGAGUCUGCGUGUCUCCUUGCCCGGGCAUGCAAUCCGGAAGCUGUGGUCAGCCGGAAGGACGCUGCGGUCGAGAAUCAGCCUGCGAGAUCGAGAUUCCUUCGGGAUGCCCGGACUCCGGGGUCUGCGUAGCGCCUUGCGGCGACGGUUCCGUCUGCGUGGCACCCUGCACCAAGCCUGGACUACCGCCGUCGAUGUCGAAGCUUCCUUUCCCUCAGAUCCCGUUCCCGUACGAGAGCCCGUCCCCCUCGCCUUGCAAAAGCUCUUUCGAACCUAUUCACAAGCCUCGCACUAACUUGAGUGGGCAGCUCGCGCGACUCACCGCUAAAACCGGUCGCAACGCACCUACUGUUCAGUUGUACAAACCCCAAGCUCAAACAGAAUCGCAGGCUUGUUGCGAGAGCAAAAGUUUUUGUAGCAAAACCCAAUGUUACCGAUCCACCGAAACUCGUUGUCAGACGAGUGGUCAAUGUUCGAUCAACACCCGCUGUCGAACCGGGAAUCAAUGUGAGACCCAGAAUCACUGUCAGGACGGUAUCCAUUGUUCCCCGUCUAGUACUGCCCAGAGUUUAGUAGACCCACCAAAUUUGUCAUCCCACCCGGAUCUAGGUACCGGAAUCGGUGGUCUCGGUGGUGCCGGCUCGAAGAGCGGAUCUUUCGCUGGUAGCAGCGCACCGAAACGUGGACGGGGAAUACUCAAUCAAGCUACUGGACCGGGAUUACGGUUACCCCUCUGCGCCCAUUGCAACUCAUACGUCAGGGGACCUUUCAUCACCGCUUUGGGACAAAUUUGGUGCCCUGAUCACUUCGUGUGCGUGAACACUCAAUGUCGUCGACCUCUUCAAGAUAUCGGUUUCGUCGAGGAGAAGGGGCAACUCUAUUGCGAAUAUUGCUUCGAACGUUUCAUCGCUCCAAGUUGCAACAAAUGCAACAACAAGAUCAAAGGCGAUUGUCUGAACGCGAUUGGAAAGCAUUUCCACCCUGAAUGCUUCAAAUGUUCCUAUUGCGGCAAGCUUUUCGGCAACAGCCCGUUCUUCCUCGAAGAAGGACUACCCUACUGUGAAGCUGAUUGGAACGAGCUGUUCACAACAAAAUGUUUCGCGUGUGGAUUCCCGGUGGAAGCUGGAGAUCGCUGGGUAGAAGCUCUUAACAACAACUACCACAGUCAGUGUUUCAACUGCACGAUGUGUAAGAAAAACCUGGAAGGACAGAGUUUCUACGCGAAGGGCGGUCGUCCCUUCUGUAAAAAUCACGCGCGUUAAAACCUCUCCAAUCUUUCAUCCUAAUGAACGAAAGAAGAAAAGGCGGAGAAUAGAAGAAAGGGUCAAAAGAAAAAAGAAUAGGAAAAGUCGAAAAAAAAAAUAAUUAACUUUACCAGCACGAAUUAUUUCUUGUUCUUAUCGUACACUUUCGGUCGACGACAAUUAGAGAGCAAACGACGCCGAAUAAUCAUAGAACGAUUACGAACGAAUUAAUUAUAGUCGCUCCUGCAACAAUUCAGAGUCGAUCGAAGAUAAAACAAAGUGUCCUUCGUACUUUAAGGAUCGCAGCUCCGGAACGAUCGCGUUUCUUCGGAUUUCCGUGCCUCCAGCUUUUACGAUAAUUCCGUUUAAAAGCGGUAAUUGUUCGACCGAAUUCAAAACGACAAUUGACAAAUGCAUGGCAAAAUAUUGACUAACCGGUUCAACCAGAAAGGUAAUGCUUAUUUACAUGAAUUAGCAAUUAAUUUCCAACGAGGAAAUAAGGUCACGUAACUCGCAAACUUUAAAAGUUCGAGUUAGAUUUCAGACUUUCACAUCGAACAUUUUUAUUUUACGCUAUCUUGAUUCGUUGAGUUUCGGUUCUAAAAAUGACCUUUAACGGGAAUAUUCCCUAAAAAUAACUUCUCGAAAAUGCAUAAACGUAUACAAAGUUCUCUCGCUUUCGUGUCGACAUUUCAUGGUUAAUCGUUGGGUUAGAGCAACCAUAAAAUGUCAGUGGGAACUAUGUUCAUUGCCUUGCAAUUUGGUAUCUGUGACAAGUAUUAGCGUUUCCGGUGGCUUCGAAUACCUAGCGUAAUCGUUACCGCAGAAAAUUCUGCAACGAACGCGCAUCAGCUUGGUCUCCUGUUUUUGAAUCACGCAAAGGUCACGCGAGCAAUUAGUAUUACGGAUAUUAUCACAUAUUUCAUACUAUCAAGGUACACGGUGAUCGCGUCGUUACGAAAAUGGCUGCCUCCUUGGAGAUUCGAAGGAAACUGACCCGAGUUUCGAUAAAAAUUCCGACGAAAGACGCUCGAGAUAUUUCGAGCGUUGUUCGUUCGAUCGAACAUUCGGGUUUUACUAGUCAAUCAUCGAUAAUGCUCGAAAGUGCUGAUCUACGAAUUCGAGAGAACGCGUGAGCGCAGGAAAUAAAAGAAAAAACGAUGAAUAGGAUAUAAUUCUAUGCACGCGGAUCAUCGAUUAACUCGAUAGCUUUAACCCUCUAAUACGGGACUCCCAAACUUUCGUGGAUGAAAGUUUUCAAAGCUGUAAUAUUUCGAACAUCCUAAAAUUCCGAAGCAAUAAGCCUCGAAAUCACGAAAAUUCAAAGUUUCAAAAUUGCACACUGCUAAAGUUGCGAAUUGUUCGGGAUUCCCAUUAAGUAGGUUAGAGGGUUAACGAAUUAAAAAGAGAACUAGAGUCCUCGUUAAUCAUUCGACGUAACUUAUUUUACCCUGAAAUCAGGCCGAUUCAAGACGACCGCGGGAUAACCGCGUUUCGGAUCGUACGUAAGUUUCCGCAAAGCCGGAUAAAAAUCCUAUCGCGACGAAAAGAAAAAAGAAAAUCUCUACACGCUGGUACGUUGAAACUUGAAUCGUUUUAAACUGCCUCGUUUUCAGGGUACACGAUGAUAAAAAGUGAUGAACGAGUUUCUUAACUCGUACUCGAUAGCAGUUGCCAUAUUAUCAUUUUAGACAAUGUUACCGAUUUUUCUGUGCCAUCGUCGUGGGCUCGUGUCAAAAGCUUGCGAAUCGAAGGGCGAUAUAUUUAAAUGUACGUUGUAUAGUUUAGUAAGUAACGAGAGAGAAAAUGAAAACGAUAUAUCGAAGAAUUCAUUUGAUCGAAAUUAAGUCGAUUUCUUUCAACAGCGUUAGACAUUGCUAUUCGAACGUCGAAGAUGCAAUGUCGCGAUUAGAAUUAAUACUAAUUAGAUCGACUGCUGGCUGAAUAUCGCACGAGCCUUUGUAUCCGUGUUACGUGUUGCUUACAAUAAAAUAAAAUAAAAUCAAAAGUU